UGGGCGUUUGCGGCUCGCGAAGAAGCAGCGAAUAGAGCAAGCAAAAGCGUGAGAGAGGACGCGUUGUUGAUGGGUGUGUUUUGGUGUUGCUGGGACGACACACCACCACACUCAAGCAGCCAAGGCCAGCACCAGCGACCAGCACGGGGCCAAAUACAGCGCACAGAACAACGCAGGCGCACCAGCGUGGCUUGGUUCGGCUGGUUGCUUUGUUCGUGCACGUUUCUGGCAUCACAGGGACGCCAGGGCGUCCGUCAGUCUCGCUGUACACAGCCAGAAGAAGGAGCGAGUAUAGGACGAAGACCAUCAACGCCUUCGCCUGCUUGCGUGUCAGCGUGCUUGCUUGCUUGAUUCCUAUCGUUCGUGCCUUUGCGUGAUUCCUUUUUCCUGGUUCACGGUCAGCAAUGGCAGACCGUGCGAGCUUCAGCGAUGAGCAUACUCCUCGCACCCCAACGCGACAGACAUCGUCAAAGCUGUCGAAGGUGCUUGGAUACUCGCCGGGCGAGACUGAGACAGAUUCCCUCCCAACAUCACCAGCCAGCAGAGGGCGCGAUUCAGGAGCGCGACCAUCUGAUGCAGACCAAAUCAUGGAUUUAUUGGAUAAGGCGCAGAGCACGCGGCUGGAUCGGCAGCGGUCAACACAACAGCCCAUCCUCAACCUCGACAUGAGCCCAGGGAGUGCGUCAACCCGCCCACCGGCGUCACCAUCAUCAACGUCGCUGUCACAGUCGCAGACACCACGGGCACGCUCGUCCUCGUUUGGCAUCAAGGGCCGCUUUACUCGCACCCACUCCGAGUCUGCCUCAUCGUCGUCGUCGUUGCUGUCACCGUCCAAGCGCAAGCUGUCGCACUCGGCAAAGAAGGCGCGCAGCAAGCACCGCGGUAGUGGCGGCGGUGAUGGUGAUGGGGGUGAUGGCAGCAGCAUGGGCAGCAGCCGCAGCUCAGUCGUGUCUGCAGGCCGUGGCAGUGUUCACAGCAAUGGUGAUGGCGAGGACAACAGCAACAGCAACACCAACACCAACAGCAACAGUGCGUUCAGCACGCCAUCGCACAGCGCCCGGAGCAGCAAGGGUCGAACGUGGUCGUGGCGAGAGAAGCUGCCAUCAUCGCCGUUUGGUGGCAGUCACUCCAUCGCCACCAGCAGCGAAACGCUACAGCAGCGCCUGGCUGCUGCUGCCCGCACCACAGAUGAUGAUGGUGAUGAUGAUGAUGGCGGUGGUCAUGGUGGUGGCGGUGGCGGUGAUAUCUAUGACAACCUCCUUGCAGCAGCGGACUUUGGUGGCGAUGGUGUUGGCGAUGAUGAUGACGAUGAUGUUGAUGACGGCGACACCCACGGUGUCGGGGCGAGCGCUGGUGGUGGUGAGCGGGGUGCUACUCGCGUGAUUCGUGGAUCGAAGGAUGAACACACGACCAACACCACGGUCACCGACAUCAACAUGGACAACACUGGUGGUGGUGGUGGUGGUGGCGUUGGCGAUGUUGACGUGACGCCAACACGCGAUGGAGCCGCGGGAGGAGGAGGAGGCGAGACGAUGACACGCGGACGAACGCUUUCAGCAAGCGAACCAUCGGCAGAGUACAAGCAGCGGCGGCAGCAGCAGCAGCAACAGCAGCAGCAUCGCCCGUCCAUGGCAUCUGUCGUGUCAAGCACGUCAACCACGUCUGCGUCGUUGCGUGCAAGCACGGCCGGCGGUGGGGGCGGUUCCCGUGCUGUGGACCUUCGCGCCGUGUGCACAUUUUACGAGGAGGUGGAAGAUGUGUCCGCUCUGCCGCCCGCACACCGCGCGGACAUUAGCGAAACCAGCACGAGCAGCGCACGCGUGAGCGACAGCGGCAACAGUCUGGUUGCGCCAUCGGACAAGUGGAUGCUUGAAACACGUGGAUCAUCCCAGGACAGGCCAACGCGGCACUGGCAGCUUGGUUUGGACAUUUUCGGGUUUCAGUCGCCAGACCCAAACGCAACAUUCUUCCGGCAGCAUUUUUACAAGCAAGACCACCAAACGCUGCUUGCGCAGGAUGAGGGCGAGGGCGACGUGAUUGUGUCGUUUAGGCGUGAGAUUGCACGCGAGCCAGACAGCGGGCAGUCCCAAUAUCGCAUCAUCUACAGAUCGUCAAAGUAUGGCACGGAGCGGCUGGUGCUUCCCGCGUCGUCCAUCCCCAAUGUUGACGGUGCGGCGUGCAUGAAGGAGGUGGCACGAGCACUGUAUCCGCAGCUCAAGUCGUCAUCGCUCCGCUUGGCGCAGGUCUCGGACCAGCUUCUGGAUGACAUUCUCUCCCUCGACGAGUGUGCGAUCAACGCGCGCCGCUGCUACAAGUUUGGUGUUUUGUACUGCGCAGGCGGGCAGACGACGGAGGAGGAGAUGUUUGCAAACAAGCACGGCUCGGCCGAGUUUGAGCGCUUCCUUGGUCUCAUUGGCAAGCGCGUACCGCUUCAGGGGUUCACGGGUUUCAAGGGCGGCCUGGACACAGAGAACAACCAGACUGGAACGGAGAGCGUGUAUUCGAUCUACAAAGACGUUCUCAUCAUGAUGCACGUGUCGACGCUUCUUCCAUACCGUUCCGGCGACGAGCAGCAAAUCCUCAGGAAACGACACAUCGGCAACGACAUUGUUGUGUUUGUGUUUCUGGAGGAUGACGCCGGUCCCGUUGAUCUCACCUCGUUUGCGUCCAAUUUCAACCACGUCUUCAUCCUCAUCAAGGUCGUGCAUGCGAGCGAGACAUCGCGCCACUACCGCGUGUCCAUUGCGCGCAAAACGGAUGUGUCACUGUUUGGGCCGGACCUUCCAUCCGACGCCAUCUUCACCUCCACAGAUAUUCGCAGAGGCAUCUUCCACCGCUUCCUCCUCGAAAAGGCCAUCAAUGCGGAGAACGCGUGCUACGCCUCUGGUCACUUUGCAAAGCUUGCGCGACGCACACGGCAGGCACUCAUGGCGGAGAUUGUGUCCAAGUACACGACAGACGUCUCCCUCGCCACCGUCGGCAAGAAAGGAUCGCUUGCCAAGUUGAUGUCGCUGGGCGGACGGCGAAAAGGCAGUGCUGUGUUCCAGCAGUUUGCGCGCGAGGCAAAAACAUGGCGCGCCAAGUUGGAGAAUCUUGAAGACUCUUCCAAAGGCGGUGCAUCGGUUCGCAUUGCCAUUUCCAGCGCAAUGGUCGUCGUGGAGGACGAGGAGGCCGAGGUGAUUGUGCACUCGUUUCCAACGUCCGAAAUUAUCGGAUGGCUCUACGUCAAGAUUGGGCUGCAGAUUUGGUUUGGCAGCAAAGAAGACACGCUGUGCAUUGCGUGCUCGGAGGAGGAUCGACGUGAAAUGGUGUUUGCGAUACUGCCGCACAGCCACGGCAUGUCGAUGGCGCAGCUGAAGCUGACGCGGCCAACGGUGUCCACGAGCUGGGGAUUCACCAUCCAGGGCGAUGUCAUCACCGGCGUGGAUGACAACGGAGUCGCAAGCCUGGCUGGGUUGAAGAAGGACUACAUUGUAUUCCGCAUGAACGGGCGUUCUGUUGCGUCACUCCAGCCUGAAGAACUCAAGCCGCUCGCGGACAAAUACGAGACUGACAUGCUUUUGCUUGUCAAGAUUCCCGUCAACCUCACGCCCCCAAACAUCAUGGCAGCGGCGGCAGGCGUCUCCCCAAUCAAGCGGCGGUCAAGCAGCUCGCGCCGCCGGUCCAUGGACAAAGGCCGCGCCACGUCUCUGCACUCGCUCUUCCGUCGCAACACCUCCGACCACAGCGUGCAGGGCAUGCAGGGCUACUCCCACCAGCAGGCGCUGCGUGUGCUCGACCACACGCCACGGUCUGGUCGCUCGGCGUCGGUGGUCACGGUGGGCGGUGGCAGCAGUGCUGGCGGCUCCUUCAGCAACAACAACAACAGCAGCAGCAGCGGGAAUGUCGGUGGUGGUGGAGGUGGAAGUGGACGGUAUCCGCGCCAGCGAUCUGGCUCCAUGCACGCUUCCACCUCGUCCAUGCACAGCGGUGGCAGCCAGCACUCGACAGGACAUGGUGCAGGCAGCACAGCAUCCAACAUGAGUGGUGGCGGUGGGCGGUUUGCUCGGCGCGUGUCGUCGCAAUCAUUCCACGGCUCCGCGCGCAGUGCACCGGACAGCGAAGCGGCGAGUGCUGCCGGUGCGGGGGAUGACGCAAUCACCACUGGCGGAAACAUCCGGCACCGUGCAGGCAGGCCCAGGCUGCCAUCGGCCACAUCGGCUGCGGUGUCCGGCGUCGAGCACAGCAAGUCCGAGCCUGGCCAGGCCAUUCCGCUUUCAGAACGCGUGGAGGUGGACUUGGGUGGUGCGGCCACGGCCACCACAACUGCAUACUCUGACAGUGGGGCACUGCCAGGCGGCACGACUGGCGGUGAUGGCGUUUGUGGCGACGAUGUCCUUGAAGCCGUACCAGGCAGGAGUGCAACGGCGAGUGAAGCGGUGGUUGCGCGUCUGUCUGCGAGCGAAUUGCGCACGCGCCUGCUGCGGUCGGAGCAGCGGGUGCGGGACUUGGAGGACGACCUGUAUGCACUUCAGCGUGAACUGUUGCAGCAGCGCAAGAUGAACGAUGCGCUCAUCACAGCCAACUCCCACCUGCAGCAGGAGCUCCGUGUUGCGCGGCAGCAGGGCGGAUCCACCACCGCCGGCGACACUGGUGUCACUGCCGGUUCGUCGUUGUCAUCGUCAAUGCCGCCAACAGCACCAGCAACAGCACCAGCAGGACAGCAGCACGUGCACAGUGGAGGCAUGAAGCAGCAGCAGCACCACCAGCACCACCAUCAGCACCGUCACAUUUCUGGCGAGGCAGGUAAGAUGCCUCCUUCCAAGUCAUCGCCCACGCUCGCACCCCGCAUGCUUAGCAGUGGCAGUGGCAGUGGCAGUGGCAGUGGCAGUGGCAGUGGGUCACGCCUGGCAUCGGCACCCACCUCCACAGCGGCAGUCCAUGGCACUCGUGCACCGCCAGGCAAGGACGACGUGUCCUCGUCGCAGGCAUCCGCAACAGCAUCGUCAUCGUCAUCGUCGGCGUUUACACGCGUGGACAGUGAUGAGCAGCAGCCGCGCUUGCUGCGGGAAGGGUAUGUGUUUGACACGGACGGCGGGCGACUGUUCAAGCGCCCGAGCACGUCAAGCCGCGGCAGCAACGACCGCAGCCACAGCCGUGGUAGCGGUGGUGGCAAGAGCAUUUCUGCUGACCGCCAACGCCACCACCAGCGACAGCAUCAACACCAUCAGCACCAACACCAACAACACCGCCACCAGCAGCAGCAGCACCACCACCACCAUCACCGCCACCAUGAACAGCCGCCUGUGGUGGAUGACGCCGACCGUUUUCUGUCCCGCCGAAGCCACACGGGUGGCACCAUGUUUGUGACGGCGGAGGAGCAUGCGCGGUUGCAUGCAAGCAUGAACAACAGCGCCAGCAGCAGCGGCAGUGUUGCUGGCAGUGGUAGCCGCAGUCGCUCCCUGCAAGCCGGUGCGCUGUCUUCUCACGCCACAACCGUUAAGGGUGGCCCUGCCACCGCACCGGCACCAGCAACCGCAACUGGAACUGCUGCACAACAGCGCAGCGGGGCGAAGCACACUGGUAGUGGUGGUGGUCGAUCCUCAGCAACAGGGUCGCCAGCCAAAUCAGGCCUGCUGGGCACGGUGCCUGCCCCGGGCUCAUCUGUGUCAUCAGCGGCAUCGUCGACGUCGUCGCGUCAGUCGCCCUCACGUGCAGGUCGUGCCCAUCACCAUCACCACCAUCAACAACCGCGUCACCAGCGGCCAAGCAGAAAGGCAGACCCAGCAACAGCAGCAAGACAACAGCAACACCAGCAACCACAACACCAGCAGAAGAAGGGCAGGAGGCACCAUCUUCAGACCGAAGGUGGCUCGGGUGACCCCAACAACAGCAACAGCAGCGUUGGCGGUAGCAAGAAGACGAGUGCCGACGUCUCUGGCCACACCAUCAGCAGCAGCAACAGCAUAAACACCGGUGCCCGUGAUGGCGACAGGGAUGACGCCGCAAUGCUGGGCCAGGAUGAGCCUUUUGAGCUGAACCCACGCACGCCAUACCGUGCGGUGCGCAAAGGGUUUCGCAUUGAAGAGGAUGACCCGCUUGCCAGCCCCAUCAACCAGCUGAGCCGCGGGCUUGAUUUUGACGCCAUGUCCUCCACAAACGUGUAGCUCUGGCCAUGGUGUGCUGUGUUUGCCGUGUGGGCGCGCGCGCGCGUGUGUGUGUGUAUGUGCGUGUGUGUAUGUGUGGGUAGUUCUUGUCAGUGUGCGUGUGUGUGUGUGUCUUGAGUUGUGCAGUGCAUACAGACAUGCGGGUUUGCGCUUCUUGUUUGCUUUUUCUUUUGUUUGGACAGCUAUGAUUUCGCUGUGUUGCAUUCUCCCUCUCACCCUGACUCAUCUUGUGUACACAAUCAAAUCAGGACGCCACCCUUGCUUGCUUGGUGCUUGAAACUGUUGUCGUGGCCCACCUGUUUUCGUUUUCUCUGCCUUCUCAUCCGCGUAUUCAUAACAAUGCAAUCAUUUGCAAGGAACAGCGCGUGGGUUUUGAUGAGCGAAACAGCGACUACGUAACACGGCCUGGGCAAAAGACAAGCACACAC